UUCACCGCUCGCCCUUACCAAGUAGAGUUGCUGGAAAGAUCUCUAGAAAGAAACACAAUCGUUUGUCUCGGAACGGGAACUGGAAAAACAUUCAUCAGUGUAAUGCUAAUAAAGGAACUCUCACACCAGAUCAGAGAAACCUACAAAAACGGUGGAAAAAGAACUUUCUUCCUUGUAAAUACAGGUUAGAAAUUACGCUUCAGAUUGUUUACGUUUCGGUAUAAAUGCUAGGGGUGGAGUAGGGGUUUGUACGAUUUUUAGGGGUAGGGAGUCAGUGAACUUUUCGUUCACACCAAAAUGUCUGCCGCCGUGCGAUGAGUGCAAUGUCGUCUUACAAUAUACACGAUCUGACAUUGCAGUGGAUGGAAAUUUUUUUUUUACACUUGCAAGACAAGAUAAGAUGACUUUAUAAUAUCGCAUCAGAAUAUCUCUAAAUUGACAGAAAACGCGUAGCCCCAACUGAGGAACUUAAAUACUCUCUUAGCUUAACGCUUAUGUUCUUUAAGUUUCUAAUUUCCUUGUUAUUUUAUAUGAUCAUGACAUUUUGUAGUGUGAGCAUUCAGAACAGUUUUGGUGAUAUAACUUAACGGGCAGCUCUUUCCUCUGAAGCUUUCUACAACCAUGAUUUUAAACAAUGCCUAUUUGGGGAUGCAGGCCAUCCUGAGGGCAACUUUUCGACCGGGUCUGGGGGCCCGUUUCUCGAAAGUCCCGGUAACUUUACGGGCGCGAAAUCAAAUAUUCAAUUCGAAAUAUAAAGAAUAAGAGCGCGGGUCCUGGCUAGCGAACAACUCCAUUUUGUUUCAUUAACUGACAAUUUUAUCGUGUUGUAUGGAAAACUAUUAAAACAUCGAUCUUUAAUGUAAACGGAGACAGCUUACCGGGCCCGUUAAUUAUCAGGACUUUCAAGAAACGGGCCCCUGGAAGGGGUUUGCGUGACCCGUGAAUUGACCGGUAAACAGAGCGUGGAUCGGGCAAACUCAUGAAAUACAGAGAGAAUCAGAGAAUUGCUAGUUUGUUGGUCACCAUUCUUUUGGUUUUCUUCCCAUCACAAGGUCAUUUAUGCCUAUAGUAGUCCAGCAACUACCAAGCUAAGAAUAACUGAUGGACCUGAUCAGUGCGUCACCUAAUGACGUGAUUCGUGAAGUGAUUCCAAAUAACGCAAUUCGUGAAUGUAUGGAAAUUUUCCCCGUGAUUCAAGAUCCAGACACCCCCUUCCAGACCCUGUUUCAACAUGCUGUUUGAAAUGAGCUAAUCACAACCGAUACAAGUUCCGAGUAUCAUACUAGUGGCCUUUCAUUAGGGGAUUUCAAUCCACCUUGUUUGCCUAGGAUGUUGAAAGACGGAUGUUAAAUGAUAGCCAACAAUGUGUAACAAGGAAAGAGGCUGUAAAAAAGUGGGUUCAGGUUACCUUAGCUAAUAUCUUUUUAUUUUUCUCAGUUCCUUUAGCCAGCCAGCAAGCUAAGGUGAUUAAGAUACACACAGAUCUGAAGGUGCGGCAUUAUGUUGGUGAGAUGGGAGUCGACUUCUGGGAUAAAAAAAUAUGGGAAAAAGAAUUCAAUGACAACAAUAUUUUGGUGAUGACUGCAGAGAUUUUUCUCAAUCUUUUACUCCACAGUUACAUAAAAUUAUCACAAGUAAAUCUUCUGAUCUUUGAUGAAUGCCAUCAUGCCACAAAGAAUCAUGCCUACAAGCAGAUCAUGGAGUGCUUUGUUGACUGCAAAAAAACUGACCAUCCAAAGAUCAUGGGUCUAACAGCAUCUAUAGUAAAUAAAAAGGUGAAACCAUGGAACAUUGAAACAGAAAUGCGGGAGCUGGAAUGCACACUAAGGUCAACGUGUGAAACAAGCCAAGAUGAAGAAGUUGAAAAGUUUGCUGCAAAACCAAAUGAACUGGUCUUGACAUUUUCAAAUGCCACCAUUGAUGACAGCACAAAGGUGUUAAUUCAAAUACUUCAAGAUGUUUUGAGUCCAGGGAGGGAAUUUCUUUUUGAUUGUAAGGUGCGGCGUGAGGGUCCUUCAGGGAAUGCUCACUGGUAUGCAAAGUAUACAUUCAGAGAGUGUCAAGAGACCUUAUCAGAACUGGGUCCCUGGGCAGCCAACAAAGUUGCGGGUCACUUAAUCAAGGAUCUGGGUAUGGUGCAAUGUCUUUUACUUGUGCUGUACUUAGUAAAUAAAAUUGAUAAAAAUACUCAUGGAGACUAUAAAAUAUAAUGUGCCAAGGUUGCCACCCAAGCCCUCCUUGCACUUUAAACUUCUGGGUCCAGUUGUUCGAAGUCCAAUUAGCACUUAAUCCAAGGUUAAAUUUAACCCAGGUUUUUUUUCUCUUUUGUUCAAAAGCAUUUUUUCGGAUAAUUUUCUCUGUUAUUUUUAAGAGCAUCCAAUCAUCAACUCAUUGACAAAAAGAAUCAAACUGAAUUUACUUUUUAAGCUUUUAUAUCUGAAUUCAAAUUUUACACUAACCCUGGGUUAUCUUAACCCAGCUUUGAACAACCCGGCCCUGGAAGAAUUUGUGAGGUUGUAUACUGUUGUACUCAGCUCAAACCAUCUUUCAGCCUAUGCCAAGUCUAAUAAAUGGAAGACUCUGUUUGAACUAAAACGAGUUAAAGUAAGUUAAUAUUGAAAAAUAAUAAUUCUAAUAAUAUUAUUAACCUUUAACCUUUAUAGAGAGAGCAUGCAUAUUUCAAGACAGCAAGGAAGGACGAAUGCUUUGUGAGUUUAGUGCAACACAGCUGCGACUACUACAAAGUGUGUAUCACAAUUACACAUCUGCUGGCAGUGAAGAUGCUGGAAGCACUGAAGAGUUCUACAUCAUGCCUAAACUACAGCUGCUGCUGUCUGUUUUAAGAGAAUUUGGGAAUUCACAAAACAGUGGUAAGAUAUUUCAAAGUUAAUUCUCGUACUUGUAAUAAAAUGCUUGGUAAAACAACUGUCACAAAAAUGACCAUCCUCCUCCUCAAAAUUUGGUUCCACCAUUUUUGAGGAAAUAAUAUGCCGGUUGACAUUUAACCCUUAUUUGCAAUAAAAUAUAUAAAUGGGAAGUAGACAAAACGAAAUAAUGCAAUCAAUGCUUUUGUACGUGGACUGUGGACAGGACCCUUGCCUCACCACACCUGCUCCCCCCCCGCAACCCCCCAAAAAGGAAAGAAAAUGUUGGGCUCAUUUUGUUCUCCCUCUGUGAUCUUAAGGGUUGCUUCAAAAUGGUUUUGUUUGAUAGGAAUUGUACAAUAGUUGUGUAAUGCACAUGGGCAAACAGCCUGAAUUUCAGCUGUGUCCUCCAGACGCAGGCUAGUUCUGAAGUCUCAAAGCUCUUAAAUUGUGGUCUUGCUAAAAUGGACACCAAAUUUCGGCUUUUCUGUGACUGAAGGUCCCUUUGUGAAAACAGAACUUGUUAAUUUGCUGGCUGACUGUGAAAAAGCUCCUUGACGUCAAGAUGUACAUUAGCAUAAUAAUAAUCAUCAUCAUCAUCAUCAUCAUCAUCAUCAUCAUCAUCGUCCUCAUGUUAUUGAUUUAUAGAGAACGAGCUUUGUGGCAUAGUCUUUGUAGAAAGGCGAUACACAGCACUGGUCCUCAGUAAGCAGAUUAACAUUGCUGCAAAUCUGUAUCCUGAGCUCUCUUUUAUCAAAAGCAACUUUGUGAUUGGACACGGCACGGGAGGGAAAGUUAAUUACUCCAAUGAAACAGAGAGGAACUUCAAAAAUCAAGUAGAGGUGUUGCGACAGUUCAGGCGACAUAAAUUCAACCUUUUGAUCGCAACUUGUGUUGUUGAAGAAGGGUUGGAUAUCCCAAAGUGC